CACAGUGAGCUGUAAACCCUUCAGUAGCUCUCCAAGAGGUCUCUGCCUUAGUGCGUAAAGUUGGGAAGGGGGCUUCGGACGCACUGCGCAGCACUUAUUAUCCUACAGGCUACAUGUGCGUCUCCUCUGCGGGAUACUUAACGAGGAUUUGUGAUAUUUUGAUGGCACUACCCGCUCGGGUCACUGACAGAUGAAAACAGUGGCGUUUGGCGCAUGUUAAGGCGUUUUCACUCACUCGAGAAAAAUCAUCUGUCCCGGAGCGCAAAAAGGGACAUGGGUCAACUUUAUGGUGCGACUCUUUUACCAUUUGGCGCUAUCUGUGUCGUUUUCCUCUGGGAAUCUGGUGCCAGCUCCAUCAGGACGACGCUUGCAGUGGACACCUCAGGAAUGGAGUGUCCCGAUAAUAAAAUCUUGACGGUGGAAUAUCCCUGCAUUAGGGCCGAUGGGAAGAAUGGCACUUGCUUCAGGAGGAAAUGCUGUAAAGGGUUCAGGUUUGUGAUGGGCCAGUGCAUACCUGAAAGCGUGGAUGUGUGUGCUGCAUCACCUUGCGAGCAGCAGUGCACUGAUAACUUUGGACGAGUUGUCUGCACAUGCUAUCCUGGGUAUCGCUUUGACCGAGAAAGACACCGCAACCACAAAUCUCCAUACUGCCUGGACAUUGAUGAGUGUGAGGCCCCAGGCAGCAGUCUGUGUGACCACGAGUGUGUGAACACAGUGGGCAGCUUUGAGUGUCGCUGUCGCAGUGGUUACAUUCUUGCAUCGGAUCAACGCUCUUGCAUCCCCAUACACAACUUGAGUUCAUCGGGGAAGUCAGAUACCUUGAUGAGUUCUGGUACCUGCUCAUUCACCUGUCAAGAUUUUAUGAACAUGAAAAAUAGUUUACUGCAGCUGAAACUCAAGCUGGGAAAUACACACUCACCCAACCAGGUACCUGGCCUGGCCAACAGCAGUAAUAAACCAAGUCUGGGGCGAGCAGGAAAAAAACCUGAUGGCCCGUGCCUUUCUGGUCUUCCUGGCCCUCCAGGAGCUCCUGGUGUCCCAGGACACCCAGGGCAACCUGGAAUGAGAGGUGACCUUGGGGAGAGGGGCCCUCCUGGACCUCCUGGCCCUCGGGGGGACAUGGGACCCAUGGGUCCAGAGCCUGACCUAAAGCACAUAAAGAGAGGCCGAAGGGGGCCAGUGGGACCACCCGGGGCGCCAGGAAGAGAUGGAUUAAAGGGUGACAGAGGAGCUCCAGGUCCCAGAGGCCCACCUGGUCCACCUGGCUCCUUCGACUUUCUUUUGCUAAUGAUGGCUGACAUCCGAAAUGACAUAAUCGAACUCCAAGAGAAGGUGUUUGGGGAGCAGCGGGGAAUCUCUCUGGACAGUCCUCCUCAUUCCAGCGGGGAGGCAGAUUUUGUAGAGUGGGGCUCUGGAAAAGGAGAUCACAUGCUUAAUACCUGACGUCUGAUGUCCACCUCAGAGUAACAAUUACUUGAUCCCAGCAAACAACAUAUCAGUCCUGACUCUUUGUUUAGAGGAUACCAGAUGCUGGUGGUCAAAGUGUUAGCAUGUACAUAAUUUCUAACCUCGUGGCUGGGAUGAGCCUUGCUUGAACUCUCAACAGUGGCACAGACAGUAAAACAGAGCAACCUAAAAUUUUGAAACCUGAUGCUUUGACCACCGCAAGCGCUGUUUUGCUGCCUUUCAAAUGGAUGUGAGAGUGAAGGGUGUGCGUGCAGAACAUGGAGUGAGAAAGAUGCCGCGUGAGCCUUUAUGUCUGAGUCUCUGAGCUGUGCCUCUGAGCAGAACCACUUCAAACGACUGACUUUAUCGUCUACAUCUCUUCCUGUUCCUGAGUCUGUUCACGAAAGCUCUGCUGUGCCACUCACAGUUUGCCUCCAGGGCACUGGUAUGAGGACUCAGGCCCUGCGCUGUUACCCUCCUCAGCACCUGCCUGUGGCAUCCAGCCAGGAACUCUGACUGUGCAGCUAACCUCUGAGGGGGUCUUCAGAAAAUAAAGAUAUAUGAGUAUGGUAUUGUUAAAAUUGUAAAAUUAAAGAAGCUCAAUUUUAAUUAAAAAAAAAAUUAACAAAUAGAAGUCACCUGGUAUGUACCACUUAGAAAUAAUAUGAAGUGAUAUAAAUGAUUUUAAAAAGUUAAAAAAUGGACACAUAAAAAUCUCUAAACUCACUUGUUUAAUGGGUUCAUUAUGAACAUAUUCAAGAAGAAUCCUGAACAUUUUUUAAAAUUGGAGGCUGAGCCAGCAGGACAGACAAGAAGACGGCUGGUCAUUUAUUUUAUUUUAUUUCAUUUUAUUCUAUUUUAUUCUAUUUUAUUUUAUUUUUUAAGUAAAUUAUGAAAAGGGUAAACUCAGUGCUUGUCAAGGCUUGUCUUAAUGCAGUUGUUUUAUAGUUUUCAAUUUGAAUUUGUUGUCCAUCAGUUUCAAAAGAUGUAAUAAUUAGUUGGUUUUCAACAAAGCAUGUAGCAAAAGUUACAGAGGAGAAUGAGAGCCAUGUUAAAAAAACAUCUAUAUUACUGAUUAUUUUGAGAGUAAAGUCAAAAUGUAGAGAUUACAGCUGUUGUUUCAAGACAACCUGCCACAGCUGCUAUACUCUCUACAAAACGCCUUGCUAGAUGAGUUAGUGAAACAAACUGAUCAGUCAUCUCAUCGUGUCUUGUGAUACAACAUUCAUCCUGUUUAUUGUAACCAUUGAUACCCUUGCAUCUGUCCACUGCCAGCCAUUUAAUUUAGCCAAAUCCA